GGCAAAAAAAUGUCACCUUGCUGUUGCUGCGCCGUUCCUUCUUCUUCCACCUCCAACUCCUCUCUCCCCAUCCUUCCCUCUCUCCUCCAAGCCAAAUCCCUCUCACCUCUUCACCGCCUCCCCUCCAGAAUCCCGGCGACCCAUUCGAGUCCACAAUGCACUGCGCAAGCCACGUCUCCCGUCAAUUCUCGAUAUCUCCCCAAAGUCGCCGACCCGUUCGACGAAACGCCCCACAGCAAAGCCCGCUCCUACGCCAAGCUCAUCAGCUCCCAUUGCCGGUCGCAGCGGUGGAGCGACGUGAUUUCCGUGCUCGCCUCCAUGAUCGCGGACGGUGCCACGCCUGAUAGGUUCCUCCUGCCGAAGAUCCUCAAGGCCUGCUCCGAGCUGCGGGACUGGGGAACUGCCGCAACCGUCCAUGGGUAUGUGAUUACUGCUCCUCUGGAGGUCGACAUAGUCGUCGGCAAUUCUAUUGUUGACAUGUAUUCCAAGUGCGGAGAUAUCACCUCAGCGCGCGCGUUCUUUGAUCGGAUGCCCGUAAGGGAUGUCAUCUCGUGGACCGCUCUCGUCAAUGCCUAUGCUGACGCUGGAUUGCUGGAUGUGGCGCAAGCUAUGUUUCAGUCGAUGAGGGAGAAUGGGGUUCGACCGGAUUUGAUAUCGUGGAACGCGUUGAUUUCUGGGUUUGCUCGGAACGGGGAGACCGGCAUGGCCCUUCUCCUCUUGGACGAGUUGCGAGAAAAUGGGCUUCAGCCAGGCACCAAUUCUUGGAAUGGAGUAGUGUCUGGUCUUGUUCAGAAUGGGUGCUUUGAUGAUGCACUUGAAAUUUUCAGACAAAUGUGCUUGCAUGAGAAACCAAAUGCUGUCACGAUAGCAAGCAUUCUUCCUGCUUGCUCGGGCCUGACGGCUUUGAAUCUUGGGCAGGAAUUGCAUUCAUAUGUGAUAAGGAAUGGAAUGAAGAUGAACGCUUUCGUGGGUGGGUCUUUGAUUGAUAUGUAUCUCAAGUGCGGAAAGAGUGGUUUUGCAGAGAGGGUGUUUGCUGAUCUGGAGAAUAGGAAUGUGCCUGUGUGGAAUGCACUGAUUGCAGCAUAUGCUGAUGAGGAUAAGAUGAGUGAGGCCCUGGAUCUUCUUGAUUUGAUGCAGAAAGAUGGAUUUGUGCCUAAUGUGAUCACCUACAAUACAUUUAUUGCUGCUUAUGCAAGAAGGGGCCAAAAAGAUGAGGCCUUUAAGUUUUUGUUUGAAAUUAUUCGGAAGGGUUUGAAGCCCAAUGUUGUUUCUAUGAAUGCACUAACAUCUGGCUUCCAUCAUUCUGGUCUUAAUGAUGAGGCAUUGGAUUUGUUUCGAGAGAUGCAAUUGCCAAAAUCGUUCAACACAAGAUGUUCUAGCAUUCUGAUUGGCAUGUUGGAUGUGAUAAUCCAACCUAAUGCUGUAACCAUUAAUUCUAUUCUCUCAGUCUGCGCAGGCCUUAAGUUACAUCAUUCUGGAAAGGAAGUUCAUGGCUUCAUUUUGAGAAAUAGUUUUGAGUCUAAUGUCUUUGUUUCAAGUGCAUUGGUUGACAUGUAUGCGAAAUGUUGUGACAUGUCUUCUGCUACCAAGGUUUUUCAUGGAAUGAAAGACAAAAAUGUAGUGUCUUGGAAUGUAUUCAUGGCAGGUCACAAUCAUAAUGAGCAUCCAGAAGCUGCUUUGAAGCUAUAUUUGGAAAUGUUAGAGCAGAACUUCGUUCCUAGUUCUAUUACGUUGAUGAUCCUACUGUUGUCUUGCAGCAAUAUAAUGGCUCUGAGGUUGGGCAGAGAAUUGCAUAGCCGCAUUGAAAAGGGCAGACCUGAUGGCUGUCCUCUUACUUUAGCAAGCACCCUGAUAAAUAUGUAUGCAAAAUGUGGUAGUAUUAAAGAUGCUAAAUUAGUGUUCGACUGUGUAAUUGAAAAGGACUUGGUAAUAUGGAACGCGAUGAUGGCUGGUUAUUCACUCCACAGAAUGACUACGGAUGCCCUAAGCUUGUUUAAACAAAUGCAGCAAUCUGGUAUCAAGCCGGACCAUAUUACUUUUACUGCAAUCCUUUCGGCAUGCAACCAAGAAGGUUUUGUAGAUGAAGGCUGGAAGCUUUUUAAAAUGAUGGAGGAUAUUUUUGGAGUUUCUCCCACCUUGGAGCACUUUACCUGCAUGGUUGAUAUGUUGGGUACUGCAGGUUUACUGGAGGAGUCUCUGGAUCUCAUCAGAAGAAUUCCAUUCAGACCUGAUGCUUGCCUGUGGGCUACUCUUCUUAAAGCAUGUAGACUACAUUCAAAUUAUGAGAUAGGAGAAAGGGCAGCAAGGGCACUUUUUGAGUUAGAACCUCAAAAUGCUUUGAAUCACAUAGUGCUCUAUAACAUCUUUGCCAUGUCCGGGUUGUGGGAUUCUGCUAGUACCAUGAAGAAUGCACUGAGGGAUCAGGGGUUAAAGAUGGUUGACAUAUGUAGCUGGAUAGAAAUAGGCAGUGCCAUCCACUCCUUUAAAUCUGGAGAUAGCUCCCAUCCUGAAAUGGAGAUGAUUCUGGCCAUGUGGAACAAGUUAGCUGAUGGAAUGUUGAAGGGUGGGUAUGUUCCUCAGAAUAUUGUGUUCUGUGAUCAAGGAGAAGUUGAUCCCUUCACUUGUUACCACACUGAAAAGCUUGCAGUAUGUCUAGGCAUUAUCUCUCUGCGUGCUAACAUCCCUAUACGUGUCUCCAAGAAUGUCCGGAUGUGCAUUGACUGCCACUCAUCAGUUAAAUUUAUAAGCAAAAUCGAGGACCGAGAUAUCUUUAUAACAGAUGGGUGCUUCUAUCACCAUUUUAAAGAUGGAACUUGCAGCUGUGGGGACAAAUGGUGAUUGAACAAUACUAGAAACGAACUACAAUUGGUGUAUUGUUCAUCUAGGUGAUGGUUCACCUAAGAUCUAACAUCCAUAAUAAAUAAUGAGUUAAGGGCUCACUGAUCAUGCAGGAUAUGUGGUUAGAUGUGGUAAACUUCAAACUGGAUGUAUCUGCAUCAGAAAAUUACCAUUUAUAGACAUUCUUUCAAUUGAUGCAACAGUCAUGGUCAGAUGUCGACUUGACAUAGAUGUAAGUUGCAAAGUUUGAAGUUUCUGCAUCAGAAAAUAGCCGACUGACAUUGCUGGCAAUGCAUGAAACAGUCAGACUGAGCAGGACCAGCUACAUGAUAUCCCAGACCAACAUGCCUAGUUGUUCUAUACACUAUUGCUGCAAGGUGUUCCAUUGAGGUAAAUGGUGGCUUUUUAAUGCAUCUCCAGCAGCAACCAGAGGGAAAGAAAAUAGAAAUUGAAGAUCAAAAUCUCGCUCAAUUGUUUGCUGAAUUUGUCGACAUUUUUGCUGAGCCGCACGGUUUUCCUCCUACUCGACAACAUGACCAUUGGAUUCCAAUCCUUCCGGGCAAGCCACCAACGAACACUUGACCAUACCGAUAUCCUCACCUCUAGAAGGAUGAAAUUGAAAAGAUCGUAAAGGAGAUGCUUGAAACAGGGGUGAUUCGGCCAAGUUGCAGCCCCUAUUCCUCACCAGUGUUACUUGUACGCAAGAAGGAAGGAACUUGGCAGAUGUGCAUCGACUACCGAGCUUUAAAUGACAUCACCGUCAAGGACAAGUACCCAAUACUAGUGGUGGAUUAACUUCUUGAUGAGUUAAAAGGAACUCGAGUCUUCACGAAGUUGGACCUCCGAUCCAGUUACCACCAAAUUCGGGAAAUUCAUGCUGAUGAGGUGCGGUCAAAGGCUGUCAUUCGCUCUCUAGGGCAGUGCCAGGACAGUUUUGCUCAGUCAGUGGCUGGGGCAUCUAGGGGUAUCAUUUCGGCUUGGCACACCACUAUGGUACAAGUCUAGGUGAUAUCGUCUCAUGCUUAAUAUACGGAUCGACGAUCAAGCUAUACCAGAGAGGAGUGAUGGCAGCAGAGUAAAAACAGUGCUGUAGUGGUAGGAGGAGAAGCAGGACAACGGAAGGAAGAAGAGAAAGAAAUAGCAAAGUCUCAAUUUAAAUUUACGCAUAAAUUAAAUCUGUUUCAGUAGAUCGAUGUCAACAGUAUUGAGCUUAAUUGAUUAUGAUGUAUUAUUGGAUACUCCAAGGGGAUGAUGAGAGUACUUCCUAUCAACUUAAGCGUUGCUGAUGGAUCUUUUACUCCAAGGGUACCGGCUACUGCUUCUUUGAUCAGCAGAAAUGUUAAUCUAGCUUCUGGUCCUCUGCAGGCAGAAUGCCGAGCAAUAAGGGAUGAUUUACCAAAAGCCUCUCAGUUGAAGUUACAUGAUAUCAUUGUUAACUCAGACUCACCGAAAGCCAUACUUAUUUGUAAUAGAAUUAGAUUCAUAUCUUGGCAUUUGUGAAAUAUCUAUAAUGAUGUUCCCAAACUUGCUGAGGAAGUUAUUGUUUUGAGUGUUUCGAGUUUUGAGCAUGCAAACAGAUUGUCAAUCCGUCUAGGAUUUUUUGUUCUCCUCCAGCAUCGGAGGCGAUUCCUGUACUUUUGGUGACAUUUGAAGUCCUAUCAACUGAGUUGAAGGUUUUUGUUUCAAAAAGAAAGAAAGGAAAAAAAAAAAGAAACUUGAGCAA